ACACGUUGAGCACAAAGUCAUCAAGUCUGGGAACCUAUCAGAUCUUGAGCCAGAGCCAGCGACCAGAGACCACAACCCGACAUGUCCGAGCACCCUCUUGUCAAUCCGCCAUGCGGUCCAAUGCAGGGCUUCAGCAAGGGCUCUGUGGUCAAGUACACCGGCAUCCCAUACGCGACAGCUUCACGCUUCCAGAUCCCAGAGCCCAUCAAAGACUGGUCCGAAACGUUCCAAGCGACUACUCCUAGUCCAGCAUGCCCACAACCCAACGACAAAGGCUCAGCUCUCAUCGCAAAAGUGCCACUGCUCCAAGGUCUGAAGAUCAGCGAAGAAUGCCAUCAUCUGUCCAUUACGGUGCCAGAGAAUACUCAAGCAGGCGACAAACUUCCAGUCAUGGUUUGGGUGUACGGCGGGUCUUUUGCGACAGGUGCUGGCGACUCACCUGCCUACGACCCGUCGAGAAUGGUCGCCGAACAUGGGGUCAUUGUCGUCAACAUCAACUACCGCCUCAAUCUGUUUGGGUUUUUGGGAGACGGCCAGACGAGGCCUGCGAAUCUUGGACUGCUGGAUCAACUGGAAGCUCUGCGCUGGGUGCGGAGGAACAUUGCUGCUUUUGGAGGUAACGAUGAUCCGAAGACCAUUACCUUCUUCGGACAGUCAGCUGGUGGAAGCUCAGUCGCCGAUAUUAUGGCUGUGCCUGAAGCGUCUUCGUUGUUCGGUCGUGCCAUAGUGCAAAGCGCGCCGUUCGGCAUCACCAGAGGUAGAGAUGCACUGAACAUCACCUUGCUGAAAGCAGCUGGGUCCGCAAGCCCCGAAAUGCCCGCUGAAGAACUGGUGAAACUGUGCGAGAAGAUUGACAAAGCCGGGUCUGGAAGCUUGCCGAUGGGUGGUAUGCCUUUCGCACCACAAUAUGGACAUGCGCCUCUUCCCGCCGAAGCAGACUUGAACACCGGACUCGACGAAGUCGCACCACAGAUCGACCUGCUUGUCGGCAGUGCUGAUGAUGAGGCAUCGUUGUUUGUGCCUUUUCUGCCUGUUGUUGGCUCAGCAAUCGACAUUCCUGUUGUAGGCAAAUCCAUUCACGACCUUGCAGUCUCAAAGGUCACCAAGCUCUUGUAUCAUCCCUUCGACAAAGACUUUGCAGAACGGCAUGCUCGAGCAGGUGGAAAAGCCUCACUGUACCGAAUCCAUUGGAGAAACAAGAAGAACCGGUUCGGCGCUACACACACAAUUGAGUUGCCGUUGUUAUUUGGGAAUGAGGAAGUCUACGGGGGUGCAAAGACGCUGGAGGGAUUUACUGCUCAAGAAGUCGAUACGGCCGGGAAGCAGAUGCGGAAGAUCUGGGCAGACUUUGCAAAAGGAAAGCAAGUUGACAUCGCUGAUGCUGUUGAUGGACUCAUCUCCAUCGAACGAAUUUGAUGUGGUUGGUCCCUGACGAACCCAACCACACAUGCAAAGAGGUUGGGCGGGUGUUGAACGAGGGUUCGAAGUCUUGGUGUUGAAAGUACCAGGCCGACUUCCGGAUUUACUUACCAUGGGUUCCUGGCUCUUACGGCUGCAUGUUACAACAACGGUGUUAGUAAGCACUGUCCGAACUUGCAAAUGUACCCGAGAUACAGCGACCAUAAGAAGCGAUCGGGAAGGUUGUACAACUGCUCCAAGCAUAGUAAUUACUUUCGUACGUACGAACACAGAAGUAUCCUAAAGACAAGGCA